AAGUGAUUUGUUUCCCUCGCUGUCUGAAGAAAGCAACAUCGUCCUCCUCAGAUUAUUUUCCCGAAGAAAAUUUAGGAAAAGAAAGAGAAGAGAAGAGAGAACCAAACCCCGAGACAAAAAGAUCUCUUCGCCGUCGCCGCCGGCAAAGAUGGCGGAGGAUUUCGCAAGGGCGGUGGAAGACGGUCUUAAACUCUCGAAACGUAUUUACUUCGGAAACGAUCGCGCCGUCGCGGCGCCUACGCUAGCGUCGCCGAUGGAGAGAUCCUCCCCGUCGCAGGCCUACCUUCCUUCUUCCCCCAUGGUCUACGCGGUCAUACCCGACCCGGGGAUCGUGGAUAACCCGGACCUGCCUAGCUACCAGCCCCACGUGCACGGCAGGUGCGACCCACCGGCUCUGAUCCCUCUCCAGAUGAACGCUAUCGAGCUCGACGUGGACUGUUACCUCGACACGGCUCUCGUCACCGUCACGGGAACGUGGCGUGUCCACUGCGUCAUGGGAAGCAAGAGAUGCGAUUGCCGUAUCGCUAUUCCUAUGGGAGAACACGGUUCGAUUCUUGGUGUUGAGGUCGAGGUUCCUAGAAAAUCUUACACGACGCAACUGAUCACGGCUCAAGAUGGUAACCAGUUGGAGAAGACGACGCAGACUCAAAGUGGAGGGUUUUUGAAACCAAACAUAUUCACUCUUACUGUACCACAGGUUGAUGGAGGUACCAAUCUCUCUAUAAAGAUGUCUUGGUCUCAGAAGCUGACGUAUAACGAAGGAGAGUUUUUCCUAGACGUUCCUUUCAACUUUCCUGAGUAUGUGACUCCUGCUGUAAAGAAAAUCUCCAAGAGGGAGAAGAUUUACUUGAGUGUUGACGCCGGAACCGGAACAGAAGUUCUUUGCAAAGGAUGCAGUCAUCAACUUAAGGAGAAAAUGAGGAACGCAGGGACGUUGAGGUUUUCAAAUGAAGCAGAUGUUUUGAAAUGGUCAAAUACAGAUUUUAGCUUUUCUUAUACGGCCUCUUCAAGUAAUAUAGUUGGUGGACUUUUUCUUCAAUCUGCACCUGUCCAAGAUGUGGAUCAGAGAGAUGUAUUCUCAUUCUAUCUUUUUCCAGGAAAGCAGCAAAAAACUAAGGCAUUCAAGAGGGAGGUUGUGUUUGUUGUUGAUGUAAGUAAAAGCAUGGCUGGAAAACCUCUCGAGGAUGUAAACAAUGCGAUAUCCACAGCUCUAUCCAAGCUUAGUCCUGGAGAUUCCUUUAACAUUAUCACUUUCAGUGAUGAUACUUCUCUGUUUUCAACCUCACUGGAGUUGGUUACUCCAGAUGCUGUUGAAAGAGGCGUUGAGUGGAUGAACAAGAACUUUGUUGUCGCAGAUGGUACUAACAUGCUCCCUCCCUUAGAGAAGGCUGUGGAAAUGCUUUCGAAUACACGUGGCUCCCUUCCUAUGAUCUUCUUCGUAACAGAUGGGUCUGUUGAAGAUGAGAGACACAUUUGUAAUGUAAUGAAGAAACGUCUUGCUAGUGGUGGAUCAGUGUCUCCACGGAUACACACUUUUGGGUUAGGUGUAUUCUGUAAUCACUACUUCUUACAAACGCUUGCAAAUCUAUCUAGGGGCCAGCAUGAAUCGGUUUAUAAUACAGAUCACAUCGAAGAACGGUUAGACAAAUUGUUUACAAGGGCUUUAUCCACUGUUCUUCUGAAUAUAGCAAUAGAGCCUCUGCAGGAUCUUGAUGAAGUUGAGGUAUACCCUUCGAAUAUUCCUGAUCUGACGUCUUCAAGUCCAUUGAUGAUAUAUGGGAGAUACAGAGGAAAGUUCCCUGAGAAUGUGAAAGCCAAUGGUCUGCUAGGAGAUUUUAGCAGCUUCUCUGUAGAGCUGACUGUACAAAGUGCAAAAGAUAUGCCUCUUGAUAAAGUGUUUGCAAAGAAUGUGAUUGACUUGCUUACUGCUGAGGCAUGGUUCUUGGAAGACAAACAGCUCAAAGAAAAGAUUAGUAAACUAAGCAUCCAAACCGGCGUACCAUCUGAGUAUACUAGAAUGAUCCAACUAGACAACACAGAAGAAGCAUCAAAAGCCAAUGACACUGGCGUAAAGAAAAAGACAGCGAGCAGCAACGGCGAGAAACAGAAGAUGAUAUCAAGAACAAUCCCACUGCAAAACUUUGGGAUAGGCUUUGGUGAUAUAACGGCUACCAGAGAGAAUGUUCCACCAGGAUAUGGAGAACAGAGAGAGCCUGAUGCUGCUGAGAAGUUCGUGAAGGCUGCUUCGAGCUGUUGCGUCUCCUUGUGCAACAAAUGUUGCUGCAUGUGCUGUGUCCAAUGCUGCACCAAGCUCAAUGAUCAAUGUGUCCUUGUCUUCACGCAGCUCUUCACAGCGCUUGCUUGCAUCGCUUGCUUUGAGUGUUGCUCAAAUGUUUGCUGUGCAUGUGGUGGAGAGGACUAGUCAUAUCAAAAAAAUUGGUUUUGAAUUCUGAGUGUAGAGUUUUAAAAAAGCUUCAAAGUAAGUUUGUAUAGUUACGUUACACACACUACAUGUAAUUUAUGUACGGCCUGGUCAUAUAUAAAAAAGCUUCUUCA